AUGUUUUCAGCCGCCAGCUCGCUCUUCCGCCGGCGUGCGGGUCGUGACCCCGCCACCGAGUCGCACUAUGAGGUCCCGCUGUACACAAAUGCGGCUUACUACCCUAACUGGCGGAUCUAUCGAAAAGAGCCCCCUUCGUCGCUGAGACUUGGGUUCAUCUCACAUGUGUUCUACGCGUUUGCCUGGGUCAAAGAAGAUGGCACUGUUUACUUGAGCGAUGAGUGGGCCGAUACUCAAAUGCCCGUUGAUGGGACUGAGGGCUGCCUGCGGGCGUUUGCCCAACUGAAGCAGCAGUACUCAAAGAUGCGCGUCGUUCUCUCAGUCGGUGGAGGCGGGAAAGGCAGUGAGAACUUUGCAGAAGUUGCCAACAGCCGCUCCAAGACGGACACAUUCGUUCGCACCGCUCGAGGACUGGUAGACCAGUUUGGAAUCGAUGGCAUCGACAGUGAGACCCCGAGCUUCAGGCCCGAAGAUCACAGGCCCAAGCUAGAAUAUCUGCUUACCAUAUUCACAGUUGAUUGGGAGCAUCCAUCGAACUCCAAGCAAGGAAAGGAUUACGUUCGUUUGCUCGCACGCCUACGCGAGGCGCUGCCCGCCCCACGAUACGUCCUUACCACCGCGCUCCCUGCUGGUCAGUGGGCAUUGAAAAACAUCGACCUCUCUGCGGCGGCAAAGUAUCUGGACAUGAUCAACCUCAUGACGUACGAUUUCGCCGGACCCUGGGCUCCCGAGACCGGUCACCAAGCGCAGCUCUAUGGCUCAGCGGUAUCGGGUGAUUCGUCCGUGUCGUAUGUGUUGUCGCAAGGUGUUUCCCGUCGCAAGAUCAUUCUCGGGGUCCCAGUGUAUGGACGCUCUUUCCUGGGUAGCAACGGGCCUGGCCAGCGCUACACUGGGAAUGGUGGAGAAGAAGGUGUCUUUGACUACCGUGAUUUGCCCCGACCGGGCACACAGGAGUAUCAUGAUCCAAGGAUAGGCGCGGGAUCUUGUGUGGGAGCUGAUGGUGGAUUCGUUACAUAUGAUACCCCGGGGACAGUGAAGCAAAAGGCCGAGUUUGUGACCUCUGAAAAGUUAGGGGGUCUGUUCUACUGGCACGUUUGUUCCGAUGCCCGGGGACCGCGCACUCUUAUUGAGACUGGGUACAACACCCUCCAUGAGAUACUGGGAUACAUGCAGUUUGCAUCAUUUCAGGCAACCUGCACUAUGCCGACUACUCAACCAGCAACAGCGGACAGCGGUUACAUCACUGAGCCGGUGUCACUGGAGAACACUUAUACUUCAGACCCUAGUCUGCAAAGGACACUGAAAUGGUACCUUCCAUCUGCCACCUUGCAGUCUGUACGACCACACCUCACUCAGCUGGGUGCCGAGGCUAUCUCCGAGCGGGUCCGUGAAUGGAGUGGCGAUGCUGAACGUAACGUCCCCUAUGUGAAAAGCCACAACGUUUGGGGUAAACAAUAUGAUUAUGAUCGUUUGAUCACAACUGAGGGUUGGAAACAACUCGGUAAAUGGGGUGCUCGGAACAAAAUUGUUUCAGCAGGCUAUGACCAAAGCCUGGGAGUUGAUCGGAGAACGAUUCAAUAUGCUCUAAACUAUCUCUACUCGCCUUCCUCUGGCCUCUACUCCUGUCCAAUCAGCAUGACGGACGGGGCUGCUUUCAUAUUGUCUUCCAGAAUCAGCAGCUUACCCUCGGACCAUCCAUUCCAUGCUGCAUUCCAAGGCUUGAUCUCCGAGAAGGAUGACCACUGGACUUCAGGGCAGUGGAUGACCGAAAGAGCUGGCGGAAGCGAUGUCCAAAACACCGAAACAUGGGCAACAUAUUCGCCACUUGCUAACCCCGGCUCUGACCCUCUGGGUGAUGGCGAUUAUUUAAUCAGUGGAUUCAAAUUCUUCUCUUCGGCAACGGAUGCCAAUCUUGCACUCUUGCUGGCUAAGACCCCAUCGGGAAAACUGAGCACUUUCCUCGCACCGCUACGACGCACCGUCGUAGGGGCCGAUGGAGUCACCAAGGUUGUAUCAAAUGGCGUGAGAAUCCACCGACUAAAGAACAAACUUGGCACCAAGGAGCUCCCCACCGCGGAGCUGGAACUGAAAGAUAUGCGAGCCCAUCUCAUCGGCGAGUUGGAUCAGGGCGUCGUCACAAUUGCGCCUUUGCUGAACGUCACUCGCGUUCAUACUUUCGUCGGCUCACUGGGUGGUUGGCGUCGUGCCAUUAGCAUCACGAAAAGUUUUGCGAAGGCAAGAACCACAGUCGGUGAGCCUCUUUGGCUGAUUCCAAUGCAUCUUCGAUUGUUGGCAGAUUUGGAAGUCAAGCAUCGGGGUGCAAUGAACCUUGCCUGGUUCACGGUCACAUUGUUCGGGGUGGUUGAGGAUAACAAAUCGCCAUCCUCCAAGCUCGCCCAUAUACCACAGCCUGGCAAGGAGGCCAAUGUGGUUUUCCGUACAUUGACAGCCACUGCCAAGGCUGUUAUCAGCAAGAUGGCCACGUUGGGGAUUCAAGAAUGCCAGGAAUCAAUGGGUGGAGUCGGCUAUAUGGACGAGGCUGAUGAGCCUGAAUUCAAUAUCUCUCGGAUCCUGCGCAACAAUGCCGUGAACUCUAUCUGGGAAGGUACCACGAACGUGCUGGCUAGUGAGGUCGUUCGAUUCCUUCUUAAGAACGACAAUCUCCAAGUAUUCUCGGUGUGGGUUGAGCGGAUGGUGGCCCUUAUCCAAACUCCGAGUCUCCAAGGCACUUUGAAGACUGCAUGGUCUACACUCCGAGCUCGUUUCACAUCUCAAGAUCCGGCUUCGACUGUUGCCGAUGGUCGUCGCUUUAUGUUCACUCUUGCUUGGAUCUUAUCGGGAGCUCUAUUGGCGCUCGAUGCUGAGCGUGACCAAGACCCAACGACCACUGAGAUUGCCCGCCGCUGGGUUCUCUGUGCCGAGGGCGGUGUGGGAGAUCAGGUCUUCCACGACAUUGUUGCAAACAAGGGGUCUGUGGAGGCUUCUAGCGGCGAAGAACAUCUGCAAUGGGACUGUCGCAUUGCAUGGGGGGUCGAUUUGCCAGCAGGGCGUGCAUCGGGCCACAGAUCGCUGCAGAAGGCGGGCUCUAAGCUUUGA